AUGGAGCUUGGCCGGGGAGGGCUGACGUCUGCGUUCCAGCUGGCAGGAGAGCGACUAGGGAAAACAGAGGAAGGGAAAGCGUAUUCACCGGACGGGGUGUUUGCUCAUCUGGAAAUGCUGGAGGCGCAGGCUCAUGAGGCAGCUGUGAAGCGAGAAGAAAUGGAACAGCAAGAAGAGAAGCUGGCUAGGCUGAAAGCGAGAGUGCAGGAGCUGAGACUCCAGAGGGAUGAGCUGCAAGCUAAAGUGGAUCUGCAGCAGAAGGGGCAACUUGGGAAAGAAGGAGUCAUGUCAGAUCCAGCGCAGCCCAGUGCUCAGGCUGUUUUAGAGUGGAAGAUAAAGAGCGUUAAGGCCAUGCUGCAGGUCUUUUACCUCACAGGGAUCAGUGGGAAGCUGACCAAGCGAGGCAUGUGCUUCUGCAUCAGCACGGCUUACGAGGGCACCUACUUGGAUUCCUACUACGUGGACCUGCUCACCAAGCCAGCAGUGCGGAUUCACCGCCACUCCGUCCCCACCUUCAUCCCCCUGGAGCAGAUUGCCAAGAAGUACUUGCAGAUGGACGUCAGGCGCUUCUUCUCUGUUCUGUCUGACCACCUGAACGCUUACGUGGGGAGGAGGUACCAGGCAGACCAGUUACAGGAGCACUUUUCAGACCAGAUAGAAGGAACCUUGCAGAGGAACUCCUUGUGUAACUUGCUGGUCUUUAAUUACAAUGUGUCGAGUAAAAGCAAGCCCUUCCUGUUCAAUGUGAGGCUGCUUUAUGGAGAUCUCUGUUGCAGCCUCCCCACUGAAGUCAUAAUUUCCUGCAAAAUGGACGCUCCCUCAUCUCUAGCAGAGACGGCAGCAGCUCACUCGGACCUGUUUCGCCGCGUCGCCCUGCACAAAGCCUUCCGCUCCUUCCGCAACACUGAGGAACACGUGGAUGCAGCACCAUAA